AUGUAUCCAACCAGGCGGAGAGUGCCCCUGCCGCCUUCCGGCGAGUUCCGUGCCGACGAAUCCCCUCCCGACAAGCCACGAAGCCGCUUUAGGGAUCGCAGAGAUGCCCAGUACAUCUUCAUGGGACGUACAGUCUUUGAAAGAAAGGUGACUCGACGGCAGGAUGACUUUCGGCAAUCGGCAGGUAAAGGAAAGCGACAGGAUGGCCCUUCCCAGCAAGCUACUAGAGGAAGGCUUCCUGUUCAUGGAUUCCCUCCCGUUGGUAUCGACGAGAUUGACGCCACCAUCAAGCGUGUAAACAACCAAAAGCCACAACAUCAUCAACAACGACAGUCUCUGCAGGAGCAGCAUGAGCAACCAAACCUUACACAGAUACGACCGUCGGAGUGGAACGACAGGCGAGCACCGCCGCCGUGGCGGGCGCGCCAGCAACCAGACCAGCGACAGGAACGGCCGCCGAAGCAAACCCACCCUCGCAACUAUCGCCAAGCAGGGACCAGCCCGCCUGAACCAGGUUACGUAUAUAUCCAUGAGGAUUUGCAGCCUUACAAGAUCCGAACGCGAGACCGCAUCGCAGCCAAAUUUGCCAAGCUCCUGGGCCGGGAUAUUGGCACCGGGGCCGAAUAUGACGGCAGAUACGAACACGCCCUCAAUGAAGAGUGGAAUGAAUGGUCCGACGACCGGGGCCGCGAACUAGAGGACGGAGAGGACGCUUCUUGCGAAUACAACGACAUGCACAUCGACGAGGAAGCCACCCAAGCCGGAGUCAGGGAACAGCACGCCAAGGAGGAGGACGCUGACACCCUCCUCUCCGUCCCUGGAGGUUGGUCUGGCGCGACGACGGCCCAGAACAGCAGAGCCAGCAGUACCGGCAAUAGCGCCUACCAGAAUAACAGCGAUGCAGACGAUGGCAGUCGCCCGAGCUCCUCCAUCGAUUCCAGGUGCCAGGGCAGUCGGCUAAGCUUGCCGGAUGGUCUGAUGCCCCAGCCGAAGCUUCAUCGCCGUCCAGUCCCACGGCCACAAACGCGAGUGGCACCUCGACCACCUCCACCGCAGCCUGGACAAGAACGCCAGCAGACGACGCCACGCCCACGAGGACAACAGACACAACAGCCAGCUAAACGCAAGCCGCUCUGGUGGAAGCCAGACACGACCAAGCCCGUGCCAGAAGCUGGGUAUGAGAGUCCGUCAGUGGAGGAAAACGCACCGCCUGAAGCGAGCAGCGCGGUGCACAACAGCGAACCUCAGCAUGAUGUCGAACCCAUCGACGGCGAGUCGGUGACUGGAUGGAAUCCCGCCCAAUUCGCCUGCCUCGUCCUGGUGCCUGCCAUCCUGGCAGCGCUUGUGUUUAUGUUCAAGUAG